CUGUACUCCAUUUUCCUCUGCAACACAUUCCUCAUUUCUGAGCAGAGAUCGUGUACUUCUCCUCAACAAACGACGUCGUUUCAACAUCUCAAUGAAUCCGUCGCAGAGGUUGUUGAAGGUGGCUAUGACGGUGCUGGGGCUGUGCUUGGCAGCCUACAUAGUGGCGCCGCCGCUCUAUUGGCACAUCACGGAGGGCGUCGCCGCCGUAAGCCGCGACUCCUUCUCUUGCCCUCCUUGCCUUUGCGAUUGCUCAUCCCACCCUCUUCUCUCCAUCCCAGAAGGAUUGAGCAACAAUUCUUUUACAGAUUGUAUGAAGCAUGACCCUGAGGUGAGCGAGGACCUGGAAAGGAGUUUUACAGAUCUGUUGUCCGAAGAACUGAAGCUAAGAGAAGCUGAAGCUCAGGAAAACCAGCAGCGUGCAGACAUGGCACUGUUAGAGGCUAAGAAAAUGGCGUCUCAGUAUCAGAAGGAAGCAGACAAGUGCAACAUGGGUAUGGAAACCUGUGAAGAGGCUCGGGAAAAGGCGGAAGCAACUUUAGACAUCCAGAGGAAGCUCACUGCAAUGUGGGAGUUCAGGGCUCGCCAAAGAGGAUGGAAAGGAGGUCCCAUUAAACCUCGUAGCUAAAUCUUUGGCUGAAGUAAUGCUCACCCACCAUGGUUACUACACACCUUUAGUGCUGACAGGAUCCUCAAAGAGGAGGGAGUUUUUGUAGUUCUUUAUUAAUAUGUUCAUUUGUUUGUUUGUCUAUUUAAUUAUUCUUUAAUGUUCCUUUUAAUGAAAUAUAGUUCAAGCUUUCAGCCUU